GGCAAAAACACUCAUCCAGCCCUGACCCAAUGCCAUCCGUAAUCAUCACUUGUACGACUAUGCCAAAAACUCAAAUACCGCAAGGAAAAUAGAAAAGUGCGAGUCCAGUUUCCAUUCUUAACCAAAAGUCAACAACUUUGUUCUACCAAACACAAACACAUCCGCAUGUGAAUGUGAAUGUGAUCCCAAAGAAACAAGUUUGAGGGUUUCUUUUUUUUAAUGAAAGGUUUAUUUAAAUCUCAAACACGUUUGUUGUCAUCUGGUUUCCUUACCAUUUUAGAAGCCAAACUCCAGCGGACCUUUCUCUGGAAACCUCGGAUUCAAGGAGCAGAAGCCAAAGUGUGAGGCGUUUUAUUUCUUCCGUAAUAAACAGACAGUUGUGUUUGUUAUUGGCAUCUUCAGAGGAGUUUUAGUUUCAGUUGGCAUCUGGGUGCGCCCGGGAUAUGAUGAUCCCCAAGGACCCAAACUGUUUGAUAUCGGGAUGUUGAGGAACUGAAGUGUAAAGUGCUGUUUUCUGUUAGUCUUGUCUCGGUAGAAUGGCUUCUAAUGUUACAGUUGGACAGAAAUGUCCAUUGCCAAUGAAGGCUACAUCAAAUGGCCUCUUCCAGGGUGAUAACCCCCUUGAUUAUGCACUUCCUCUUGCCAUUCUGCAGAUAUGUCUGGUGGUUGCAGUCACAAGGGGCCUUGCGUUUCUUUUAAGGCCAUUAAGGCAGCCACGUGUGAUUGCAGAGAUCAUUGGAGGAAUUUUACUUGGGCCAUCUGUUCUGGGUAGAAGCAAGAGCUAUUUGCAAGCUAUAUUUCCUCCCAAGAGCCUCCCUGUAUUGGAUACCCUAGCAAAUAUUGGUCUCAUUUUCUUUUUAUUCCUUUCUGGCCUAGAGAUAGAUCCUAAAGCCCUCCGGCGAACUGGAAAAACAGCUGUUGCAAUUGCUGUUGCUGGAAUAGGGUUUCCUUUUGCAUUAGGAGCUGGUUCUUCAUUUUUACUCCGAGCAACUAUAUCAAAAGGUGUAAAUGCUUCUGCUUUUUUUGUGUUCAUGGGUGUUGCUCUUUCUAUUACUGCUUUUCCUGUCUUAGCUCGCAUUCUGGCAGAGUUGAAGCUUUUAACGACAGAUGUUGGAAGAAUUGCUAUGUCAGCUGCGGCUGUUAAUGAUGUGGCUGCAUGGAUUCUACUUGCUCUUGCUGUUGCCCUAUCUGGAUCUAACAGAUCCCCUGUUGUAGCACUGUGGGUCUUCUUGUCUGGGAGUGCUUUUGUCAUUUGUUCAGUUCUCAUUGUACCCCCAAUUUUCAAAUGGAUGGCCCAUCGAUGUCACGAUGGCGAGCCAGUAAAAGAGAUAUACAUAUGUGCUACAUUAACUACUGUACUGACUGCUGGGUUUGUAACUGAUACCAUUGGAAUUCAUGCCAUGUUCGGUGCUUUUGUGGUUGGAGUUCUUUUCCCAAAGGAAGGGCCAUUUGCCCAUGCUCUUGUGGAAAAAGUUGAGGAUCUUGUAUCUGGUUUGUUCUUACCAUUAUACUUUGUGUCAAGUGGACUGAAGACAAACGUUGCAACAAUUCAAGGGCUCCAAUCCUGGGGUCUUCUGGCUUUGGUGAUUUUUACUGCAUGUUUUGGGAAGAUUGUUGGGACUGUUAUGGUGUCCCUUUCUUUCAAAGUGCCUCUUCUUGAAGCUUUUGCUUUGGGGUUCCUUAUGAAUACUAAAGGACUGGUGGAAUUGAUUGUUCUCAACAUUGGGAAGGAUAGAAAGGUUCUGAAUGAUCAAACAUUUGCUAUUAUGGUUCUAAUGGCUAUCUUCACUACCUUCAUUACUACACCAAUUGUCAUGGCAGUAUAUAAGCCUGCAAGGAGGAGAAAAAUGGACUACAAGUAUAGGACCAUUGAAAGAAAAAAUCCAGAUACUCAACUUAGAAUAUUGGCCUGUUUCCACAGUGCAAGAAAUAUUCCAUCUAUGAUAAAUCUCCUCGAGGCUUCACGAGGAGUUGAGAAGCGUGAAGGACUUUCUGUGUAUGCUCUGCACCUUAUGGAGCUGUCUGAGAGGUCAUCAGCAAUAUUAAUGGUACACAAAGCAAGGAAAAAUGGGCUUCCCUUCUGGAAUAAGGGUCAGCGUGACCAUGUUGUUGUGGCAUUUGAGGCUUUCCAACAACUGAGUCGAGUAACUGUUCGGCCAAUGACUUCUAUCUCUUCAAUGGCUGACAUGCAUGAGGACAUUUGUACCACUGCUGGGAGCAAGAAGGCUGCAAUCAUAAUUCUUCCAUUCCAUAAGCACCAGAGAGUGGAUGGUUCUUUGGAGACUACUCGGAAAGACUUCUGCCGGGUGAAUCAGAGGGUUCUUGAACAUGCACCCUGUUCUGUUGGAAUUCUAGUUGAUCGUGGGCUUGGUGGAAGCACCCAUGUAUCUGCAAGCAAUGUUUCCUAUUUGAUAACAGUUCUUUUCUUUGGGGGCUGUGAUGAUCGUGAAGCCCUUGCUUAUGGGGCUCGAAUGGCUGAGCACCCUGGUAUCCGUGUAAACAUCAUGCGCUUUGUAGUGGAACCUGAAACUAUCGGAGAAAUCACUACAAUUGAUAUGCAAGAGAAUUCAGGCCUCAAAACAAUGUCAUUGGAUGAAGAAUUUCUUUCUGAGUUUAAGAAGAUGUCAAAGGAUGAUUCUGUUAGAUAUGAAGAAAAAGCUGUCCGAAAUGUCACAGAAACAAUUGCUGCAAUUCGUGGGGCAGGCCGCUGCAAUCUUUUUCUUGUGGGGCGAAUGCCUGAUAGUGAAUUGGCCUUAGCUUUAAGGAGAACUGAAUGCCCAGAACUAGGGCCUGUUGGUAGUUUGCUGAUUUCUCCAGAUUUCUCAACGACAGCAUCAGUCUUAGUUAUUCAACAGUACCAUGGCAAUGUGCCACUGAAUUUGGGUGCAGACAUGGAGGAAGAAUCACCUGACAAAGAUGAAGAAUCCAGCUAAAUGUCUACUCUAACUGAGCAUCAUCCUUAAGAGUACAGAGUAAAGACAACAUAAUAUAGAUGCAUUCCUAGUAAUAUCUUCAAUUUUAUGACAAGGAAAAAAAAUAUAAAAUUUUUCUUCUCCUUAGCUAAAUGGAUGGAGUUUUGUUUCUCCUUCCGAAGAGAGGAAAAAAGGUUAUGGUGCAACGUUUUGCCAAAUUGCAUUUUAACAUUGUUUUUCUUGCUUCUUAUAAGGUUACAAGAAAUAGUUGAAGCACAUAUCAAAAGGCUCAUCAAUCAUCAAAGACCUUUUUCCCCUCAAUCUGAAUGUUUCAUUGAAGAUUUGCAUCAUUCAAUCAAUGGAUAAUUUAUAUUCG